CCAUUGGUCCAGAGGCUUGCCAAUUACUGCUGCACGCUAGGGCUGUCCAAUCAAACACGUUCUCUCAGUCAGGCCGACAUUGCAGCCAGUUGUGAGACUCUCCUCUUUAGCCACUUUCCAAUUACUUUUAUUUUCCUCUCUAUCAUUGGUCGCCUUUGAGGUCGCUCUCUUCCCGCGCGGGCACUCCCAGAGAGGGACGGAGCUGAUAGGGCAUUGCUAAGCGACAAAGAUGUGUGCUGAGUCAGUCCGGUGAAGUAGCUGAGCAGGCAGAAGCGCCGAAGUAGCUGCGGGAUGAACCGCAGGUGAGGCCGAUCCGUUUCCCGGGGACCACAGGAGGCCUGCGAAGACCAAGGUCUGCCAAGAUAGGCCCUUUGGGGAUGCUCCCCUGGGUCGAAGCUACUACUGGCCAUCUGAAGCCAGACCUGGCAUGCCAAGGUGAGGACACUCCACAGAGAGUGCUGUGUGCCUGCCCAGUAGCAAGAGAGUGAGGACUGGAGGGAAGGAAGACAUACGAUAAGAGAUGGGGACUCUGAGCCCAUCCAGGUCCCAGGGAUUCAGGAUCCCAGAAGCUCCCAUGGCUCUGACCACAGGUCUCAACUCCCCUGAGCUGUUAGAGGAGUCCUGGCCAUCCAGCUCAGGGACCCCUUCCCCACCCAGGACCACUGAGGAACAGACGGUUGCUUCCACACCAUUCACUCUGAUUGAUAAUAGUGACUCUGUGGUAGCCAAGUACAUCAACCGAUUCCGCCAGGCUCAGCCCACAAGCCGAGAGGAACGCCAGCCUGCAGGCCCAACCCCAGCUGACUUUUGGUGGCUGCGGCCUGAAUCUCUAGACCCUAGCAGUCAAUUUGCAGCAGCAGGAGCCAGUGACCGAGAAGAAAGACCCAACGCAGCAAUCUCGACUCUUGCCAAGGUGGCCAGUGCAUCGCAGGCUAAGGCUAUGGCCCCCCUUCAAGAAAUAAAGCAGAACCUCAACACAUGGAACUCAUCCCUGCUGGACCUGGAGACACUGAGCCUGCAAAGCAGAGCUGCCAGCCUACUGAAACGCAGCAAGGCCUCCAUCUCCUCCUCCUCCCGCAGUCCCAGCGAUGCCAGCAGCUCCUCAUUCCGUGUCAGCUCUGAUGGCCCCUCUCCCUUCUCCAUGACCUUCACCCCUGAAUCCUGUGAGGGUUCUAACCCCAAGGCACAUGCAACUCCAGCACCAGCCCCCAUCCCAGCUCCAACUCCAGUCUCCUCCCUGGCACCCCUGCGGCCAGAGGAUGACAUUCUGUACCAGUGGCGGCAGCGGCGGAAGUUUGAACAGGCUCAAGGUCAGGGUGACAGAACUUGGAUGCUGCCGGGAACCCCUGCCCUCACCACUCAGGUCCCUGUCCCCAUCUGUCUGCCAACCUCUCCUGCCCCUGCAGAGACCCUUGGUUCCCUGGGAACACAGCCUAACUGUGUUCCACUUUGGGGCAGUGUGGCCCAGCCUGUUCCCCCGGAAGCCACCCAUGUGGAGAGGCCUCCUAUUCCCCCAGGGUUCUCUCCACACAUCUUUUGGGGCUCCAGCCCCCAUGGGUUUUUCUGGGCCCCGCAGUUGGGUCCCUGGGUAUCUCUUGGGGCCGUUCCCCACGUGCCCCCGACCUCUACUGUGCACCCUACCGCCCCCCAGGGCCUGCCCACACCUACACCAAGCAAUCCCACUCAGGCUGAGAGGCAGAGCCCUAAGCUUCGGAAGGGUAGAGCCCGGUGCCAGGAGCCUGCUGGGCGAGCAGUUGAAGAGGGGCCUGGCCCGCAGCUCCGAGGCGCCCUGGGCCAGGUAGUGACGGCUCGCCUAUUCCCGGAUUGCCUGGAGGACAUGCCUCCUCUCCUCGAGGGCCGGCCUCCACUGCAGCCUGAAUCUUCAGAAGUCAAGGCCACACACCCCCAAACCAAUAUUACUCCCGCUCUCUCAGAGGUCAGGCCCGCUCUCUCUAAUUCAGAGUUUCCGCAGGCGGAGACCCGGCUGGGUGGGUCUAAGGCCAAGUAUCGGAAUGCCAAGGCCACGCCUCCCGCAGCGAGGCCAGUGCUUUGCAAGGACAAAGACAAUCCCUCAGCGGUAGUCAAGCACCCUCAACCCAAGGUCCCACCCCCUCCAGUUGAGGAGGUGUCCAGAAGCGUCAAGGCCCCGCCCCCUGCAUUCAAGGCAGAGUCUCUAGAGGCUGUGGUCACGCCCCCGCCCCCUGCUGACCACCACCCCGCGGAGGACCUGCUUUCCCAGGCCGCUCGACUUCUGCAGGCUGCUGAAGACUCCGAUGGCAGCGAGUUCCAGGAGGACCCUGUACUGCAGUUGUUAAGGGCUCAGAGGGUGGAGCUGCGGCGGCAGAAAAGGAAAGUGGAAGCCCAAUUAUCCCUCCUGCUGGACCAUACUGAAGACCCAGGGUCUUGGUCUCCUCCAGCCUGGUUGCCCCCCAGGUCUCCAAGAAUGCGGCUGAGGAGGGAAGGAGCCUCACUUGAGGCCAGACGACUUUGAAUUUUACAAAUUCUGUUUUUCCCAAUGAAAUAUUGUUUUCAGGUUACUGGUUUUCUCUGAGAAAGGAGUUGUUCUGGAAAGGCCAAGAGUCAUGCUAAUUUAGGGAAAUAGCUGCUCCCUUCCCCCACCCUACUUCCUGACUGUUGACGUAAAAUCUCCUCUGGUUUCAUCUUCUUGAAGGGCAAUGCAGGAGAGGGGUUCCAGGUAAGACUUCAGGCAAAACGGGGCCUCACCUUAACUCAGGAAUAGAUCCUCCUAUCUCAGAGAGUCAGAAGGGACUGCCCUCUGGGCAUGUAGCUAAUGGGGUCAUCAGAGUGUUGGACAAUGGUUAGUCCUCAAUCCACAUCCUGCUUUGGUACAUUGAUCCCUCCCUCUUUGAAGCAUUUCCUUACCCUACUUCCGGCACCCCACCCUCCUCUUCAUCAGCCUGUCACUUUGGUGUGUCCUAGGGUUGUGGCCUUGACUUCUCUAUCUAUACUCAUUCCUAGGAGCUGUUGUCUAGUUUCAUGGCUCUAAAUCCCAUCUCUGUUCUGUUAGUUCCCAAAUUUCUAUCUUCAGCCUAGACCUGGCCACUGAACCUCACGCUCUUAUGUCCUGCUACCUGCUCACCACCCCCACUUAAAGGUCUAAGAGAUGUCUCAAGCUGCACAGGUCUUAACCUGAGCUCCCAGUCUUCCCCCUAAACCUCCACCUCCCAAGCUUUCCUCAGCUUAAUCCUUCUACCUGCUCAGUUCAAAAGCCUCAUAGUUGUUCUUGACUCCUCUCUUUUCCUCACCCCCACAGUCAGUUGACCAGCAAGUCCUAUCAUCUCUACCUUUAAAAUCUAUCCAGAAUUUAAUGCCUUCUUCCCCUUCCACUGCCCUCACCCUAGUCUAGGUUGUCAUCACCUGUCUGGACUAUUAACCUAUUGUUUUGUCUGCAAGUUCUUUGAAACAUUUCCCAUCAAAAAGUAGAAUCUAUGUUUCUUCUCCUUGAAGCUGGGUAGAACUUUGUGACUGCCUCCACAAAGAGAAUUGUAGAGGAAGUGAUACUGCUUCAAAUUUCUAAACUGAUUAGAAAAGAUGAUACAGUUUCCACCUCUUUCUCCCUCUCCCUCUCUCUCUCCUUCUCUCCCUUUCUCCCUUUUUCUCUUUCUCUCUGGCUUUGGAGCCUUGGGCUGCCAUAUAAAAAGUUCAGUUGCCAUGCUGGGUAGGGAUUUGGGUUAUACAAGUGUGUGCACUUGUCAAAAUUCAGUGAAAUCUGUGAAUUUCAUUGUACAUAAAGCUUAUCUCAAAAGAAAAAUGUUGAAUUCUAGUUAAAAAUAUGCAUUCAAGAGUAUUUAGGGGACAGUAUACCAGUGCCUGUAAUUUACUUUGAAAUGUAUCCAAAAGUUAGGUUAAUGGAUGAAUAGAGUAGUAGGUGAAUAUGAGAUAAAGCAAAUAUAGUAAAAUGUUAAUGGUAAGAUCUAAGUGGUGGAUAUAUGGGUGUUCACUGUAAAUUGUUCAACUUUGCUGUGUGUUAGAAACUUUUCAUAAUAAAAUGUUGAAGAACAUAUAA